AUGCUUUCCGAGUUUGAGAAAGAAUUUUUUGGGUCUGAAGAAGAACUAAAAAAACUUUAUCUCUCCUCUUUGAAGCCUCCUUGCAAUGGUUCUUCCAUUACUCUUGUGAGAAACAACAACGUCAACUCUCGGGACAGCCUCUCCAAUCGAGCCACUUCCCCAUCGGCAGUACCUUCAAACAUUCCCACCCCUGGGGGUAAACUCCUUGGUAACAGGGCGCCCCAGCCAGGACUUGAGAAACAGCCUGGACGUAUUCCAACCCUGAAUUCCAACCAAGCUGUUCCUGCACAGUCCUCCAAGAGUGCUCUCCAGAAACCGACAGCAACCACAGUAGCAGGAAACAAAAACUCUAUGCUAGACAAGUUGAAAUUCUUUAACAAAGAGAAGGAAAAAGGACGAGGAACAGGAAUUGUCAAAAGCCCAUCGCGUACCAUUAGUGGAUCUGUGAGUAAUAUUCCACUUAGCAGAAGUGAUACUGAAACCAAGAGUGACUCAAAGUCCUCAAACAAUAGUUCUCGGAGUUCAAGUUCUAUGGAAAAUGGGUCCUCUGCUAUUCCAACCGGAUCAAGCAGCCCAAAACCCACAACAAAAAUAACCAAGAAAGGUUUAAGUCGUCCAUUUAACCCCAAGAGAGAUUCUUCUGGAUUAUCCACUGAUGACAACACAUCUAAACGCAGUACUCCUUCACCAUCACCCCAAGCCCGCACACCCAGCCCCAACUGUUCAAAUCAAGUAACUCGUAAAGUUUCUCCACCCCCCGGGAAAAAGUCUUCCGGCAAUAAAGAAAAGAGUGACGCCAAGAGUGGCCAAUCCAAAGAUGAUGACUCUGGUGGGUCAAAAAAGAAUUCCAAAAUUAGCAGCCUGAUCCCCAAAUCAGGGGGUAAGUCCAAGCCUUCCGCCCCAACCUCCCAGAUUCCGCCGCCAUCAUCGACCGGAAUUCCGAAGCCAAAAUCGGCCAAAAGUGGUAAAGAAGAGAGAGUAAGGGUGACAUCAGCCGUGCGUGACAACAACAAAGGAGGACAUUCACAACUGUUGGCCCCUUCUUCAUCUAGCAGGCAGCCGAAAAAUUCGCGUCAGAAUUUAAACGUCCAGCAGGCUCCACCCCCACCCCUCCCAGACGAAGGGCAGCUGUCACAGCAGCUGCUUAGCAUCCCCAGUGACCAUGUGCAGAACCGAGAACUUCCCGAUGUCUGCAUUGGAGACAGAGAGAUGUACAACCAGACAGGCCACUUUUUGAACUCUCCUAGUGUACGACAAGUAGCUGCAGUCCAAGGUCAUAAUAAUCGUGGUCUAAGCCCAAUAGCCAUGGUAGGAAAAACAGGCAUCCCCGGCAAGUCUAGUAGCCACUACGUUGAAGUGACUGUUCCAGCCGUUGGAUACGAGUCAGAGCGGAGCAGCCAGAACCGAAAUUCACAGCAAAACAAAGAUAGGGAGUGUAGUGGAGACCGUACUGAAGCGGGGUCGCAAAGCAUAAAUGUAGUGAAACCUACCCGCUCCCUCACACCCAAUUCCUUUACACCUGUGGCCAAAGUUGAUGGAAAUACACAAACUAAUCUAUCAGCUCUCCAGAGACAAACUGGUAAAAAGCUGGAUAUGGUCAAGGAAAAUUGCAAUGCGGGUGAGGAUAAUGCAAGCCAAGACAAGUCGAACACAGACAUUCACUGUCAGAAUGAGAGUUUCAUUCAGCAGACAUCACACUACGAGGAUCUGAUAGCUGCCGAAAGGCCAACUACAAACUCUACAAACUCCCCUCGUCUCGGGGUCAAAAUUCUGAGUUCACAACUCACAAAGCCUGCGAAUAAUGUCGCAAUUGUGCAGCCAAGACACGGCGAGAAGAUAGAAACGACAUUCGAUACGGAAGUUAGGACGGAAACUGUGACAAAGUCUGGCAAAGAGACAAUUAUCACAGACAAAGAUAACAAAGAGACGACUUUUAUUGAUGAUACAGGUGAGACGAUGGAUAUCAAACCGAUGCCCCCGAUAAUGCGAGCCAUGCCUUAUGGCUACUUCAGGGGCUAUGUUGGAACAUCGUCAAACAAAAAUUUCCACAUCCCAGGAAUUUCUGUGCCAACCUCCUUGUACGCUGGAGGUGGAGGGAGUGGAUCUAGCAGGCUGAGCAUGAACAGGUCUUACAUGGACCAAGGAGGCUACUACAGUUCUGCUAAUAUAAAACGUGCCAUGUCUUCUGGAGGACAGAGUACUAUAGAAAGUGAUUAUGCCUCCGACAUGGAUACCUAUGAUUACAUAUCUGGCUACGUAUCCGAUGGGGAUAUACUGCGUAGCCAGCGUUGCGACGAUACGGGAAGUGGAUACCUAAGUGAAGGAGGGGCAUCUUUGUAUGCUCGACGACUACAGCAACGGUUCCGAGAGGGGAUGCAAGCUGUCAAAGAAUGCAUGCAGAAAAGCAGCGGAAUUCUAGACUAUGACAGGUAA